ACUUCCGAUGUCAAACUCGACAGAACUGCGCAUGCGUGACCCCUCGAAAAGGAGCGCUCGAUUUGUAGUUCGGCAGUACCGUAACAGACAGGGUGCAGAACCACAGACUGGACUUCAUGUAUGAAGGCAGAUUUGAGCGUCUGUGUAUUAGCUAGUGAGGAUUUGUAUUCGAUCAAAACCAACAUUGGUUUAGUUCCCGGCAUGGCGGAGGGCGGCAGCAGCAGCGCCGCAGCGGCCAGCCUACCCCCGGGGGACCCGCAGCUCAUCGCCCUCAUCGUGGAGCACCUGAAGAACCGAGGGCUUUUUGAUGAGUUCCGCAGAGAUUGUCUGGCAGAUGUGGACACUAAGCCUGCCUAUCAGAACCUGCGCCAGAGAGUGGACAACUACGUGUCCACGCAGUUAAGCACGCAGGAGUGGAACGCGUCCAUCAACAAGAACCAGAUGAGGAACGGUCUCCGGCAGAGUGUUGUCCAAUCGUGUAUGCUGGAAUCUGGCGUGGACCGGAUCAUUACUCAAGUGGUGGAUCCUAAAAUGAACCACACGUUUCGGCCGCUCAUUGAAACGGCCAUUCAUGAUUUUCUGUCGGGGGAAAGGAAGGAGGAAAUCCAUGCAGAUUCUAAUCUUACACCUUCAGAGCCGCUGGAUCAGCCGGAGGUCCCCCCUUCUGCAGGCCCCACAACCCCCGCAAACUUAUCAGCACUAGGUCAUCGUCGCGAAGACACAGCUACUACCACCGCGGUUCCGGAGAUAAUCUACGAGUUUGACUGCUGCAUCGAAAUGUCCCUACUAGUCUUACUUCUCCUGCUGGCGGUCUGCCAACAGGUGCUGAUGGUGGAACCGGUGGAACCCCACGAGAAGCUCCUCAACCCCCGUAAACGGCGCCUCUCCUUGCAGAACACAGCGGAGAUCCAGAAUUGUCUGAUAAGUUCAGGUGAUGUUGGCUGCGCCACCUUUCAGUGUUUCAGCAACAACUCGUGUGAGAUCCAAGGCCUCCACCACAUCUGCCACACCCUGCUGCACAACGCGGGAAGCUACGACUCGCAGGGUAAGUGGCUGGUGAAGGAGGCCCUGCGCUGCGCGGCGCUGGGCCUCCGGCAGCGCUCCAGCUGUGUGAGCCGGCGCUGCGGCGCGGUGGGCGCCAUGCUGUCCUCCCUGCUCAGGGAGUGCUUCACCAAGCACCAGCUCUGCCUCGCGCUGCGGGACCACCCCCACACCGUGGGGGACCUGGUGCACUUCCACCUGCUGACCCCGCCGGGGCCAUAUGUUGAGCUGGUCAACUUCCUGUUGGGCUGUGGAGAGGAAGUGAGGUCAUGGGUGAGCGGCAGGCUGCGUGCACAGUGCGGCCAGCAGUGGGGCUCGUCAGUGUGCGCGGCCAUCGGCAGCACCUGUCCCUUCAACCAGUCAGAUCUCCCCCUGCAGCCCGCCACCGUGCCGCCUCGCACCGUGCCCCAGCCAAUCACGCAGCUCACACACAGAUCUGGUGCGGAGGACGACAACGCUUCCACCAAUCAGAGUGACGCUGGGACCCGUCCAGGGCUGCCUGUCUCUGGGGAGGUCAACGUCACGGGGUUAUAGGUCAACACAGGGUCAGGGUCAGCCUAAUCCUGAACCCUGACACAUUGGGGGAAAUAAGUGGGCGGACACUCAGGUCCAAGGCAGCAGACAGACAGACAGUCAGACAAGUGUGCAGUUAGCCACAGGUCACGCACUUAUGACUCUACAACAGAUGGUUGGUAAUAUCGGAAGUUACUACCUCUAUUGACCAUUGAAUGGGAGAUAAAUGCAUAGAAGGUGGCAUUAUCUUGAGAUGUUAACUAGCUGUUUAUUCUCUUUAGAAUACACAUGACUUCACUGAAAGAUAAACACGUCUACCUCACACACCAUAUUGUACUUCCAACAUACACACACUAGGAAAUUAUCUUGAACAUUGACAUUUUUCUGGUGGGCAGCAGAUAUAGUCUUGUCUAUUUAAGUUCUUUAUUUUUUAUUUAUGACUAUAUGUCCCACA